AGCUGAUUUUGCCAUUACAACUCGCGCUUUAUUUUUUUUAAAUCUAAAUAUUAUAUCUUGCUUUUAAAAAUGGAAUCAAAAGUUAUUGAGGACGUUGUAGUUCUUUGUGCUACGAUUGUUUUAAACGCGAUUGCUCUACGAAAAAUCACCAAAACAACACCAUCCUGUCGAGUUAACCCCUACUUGAAGGAGAGGCAAAACAAAGGGCGUUUCGCAAAAGAUUUUCAGGAUAUGCUAAAUAAUGUUCCCGUUUUUAAAGAAAAUUUUCAUAUGUCUCCGGAGUCGUUUGCGGAAAUUUUUCAAAUAGUGGAACCAUUUCUACGUGAAAAGAAAAACACAAGACCUUCGGACAAAAUAUCCGCUCUGGAAAAGUUUGCGGUUGUUAUGGAAUAUUUGGCAAGUGGAACCAUCCAACGACAUGUUGCGGCAGUAUAUAGGAUCAGUAAACAGCAUUUUGGGACCAUCCUGGAUGAAGUUUGUUGUGCCAUCUCAAAAGGUUUGGAGAGCGAGAUCCCAGUUUUGGAUGAACCAAAAUUUAUUACCAUUGCCAAUGAAUUCAAUGCUUUUUGGAACUUGCCAAACUGCGUUAGAGCAAUUGAUGGCAAACACAUUGGCAUUAAAUGUCCAUCCAAUGCUGGGAGCAUGUUUUACAAUUACAAACUACAAACGAAAAACGGAGAGGCAGAAGUGGUCUUCUGAGUCAAUGGAGGAAUCUAUACGUGCUGUCCGAAGACGAGGACACAGAAAGCGUGUCUCUGCUGCAAAGAUUUAUACUCCAAGUCAACGGGGGAAGGUGUUCCAUCCCAUUCUUAAAAUGAAAUCUUUCCUAUUUUUAUCUUAGUAUUUAAGUUCCUUAG